CCAAAACCACCCCAAUUUCUUCUCUUUUCUCCCUCAUCAUCCCAUGUCUGUAGCUCUAAAUUGACUUUUAUCCCCACUUUAAUUUUUAGAGAGAGAAAGAAAAUUCUUAAAAAUUCUCUUUAAUUGUUUUAAUUUUUUCAAUUAAAGAGCAUUAAAUUUUCUUGUGAAAUAAAAAUGGUGGCGAGAACCCCACCAAAACAGAGGAAGAUAAUGGUGGCUCCUCCUCUAAGCCCUACUCUUCUCAGAGAAACUGUUAAAAAGGUGGAUCAAUGUAUGGCAAGAUUGCAAGAGCUUCAAUAUACAGUUACUGGAGGUAACAAAGUUGUUGCUGGAGUUAAACUUAGUCCUCGCAGUACUAAAGCUUACUUGAAAACAAGUCUCAGAUGCAAGCAAGAAUCUAUGAGAAUUAGAAAUAAUGGAUCGAAGAAAUCUCCAACUGGAAAAUUACCAGCAAGUGUGACAGGGGAUUGGAGAAGAAUGUCAUUAUCAGCAAUGUUAGUCGGUGAAACAGUAGCAGAAAUCCUGGAAGCAAGUAAAGUUACAAGAGAAAUCAUGAGAAAUUCCAACAUUGAAGAUCCAAAAACCCCUCUGCCUCGAAAACAGCGGUCAAACCUCGAAAAGACACCCCUCGAAACUCGAAGGAAGAGAGAAAAACAGCAUCAAUUCCGUAUCGUUCGAGCAGAAUCGAGCACCCCAUCUGUUCGAAGGGCUCGAUCGAGGAUCAAUUUCAAGGUUUCGCCAGAAAAAAGAUCAGAGAUUGCUAGUAGUAGUAGCAUGAGAUAUAAUGUGGCAAACAGGGUAUCACCAAAACAUAAACCUUGGGCUAAAAAGGCAGUGCUUUUCCCAAAUCCUGUGUUUCAAUCAUCAUCACCCACUUCACAAAAGCAGCAAUUUUCCAAGACGAAAUCUCCAUUGGUUGCUGCAAAAAAGAGAGAAACUCCUCAUAAGUUUUUGGUUAAAUCCCCUGUUAAAAUCAAGAGCCCACAAAAGGGUUUCAUCUCUGUUUCCCCUGUUUCUUUGGGUAGAAGAAAAUCACCCCCGAAACCGCCUUCUUCAAUGGCAUCGAAGCUAAGGAGAUCGCUAUCGCCUUCGAGGUUGGUGAAUCGAUUCGUGUCUCCGUUGAAAGGAAGAAGGAGUUCGAUGAAUACUAGUCAUGAUGGUUUGAUGAUGAUGAAUGGGGUGAAACAGAGGCCUCCUCCUUUGAUGAUGAUGCCAAUGAGAUUUUCUGCUCCUAGAACUGUUGUUGGAGCUGCAAAUUAGUUUGAAAUCUCUUUCUUAUGAAACAUUAAUCUAAUGUUUCCAAUGAUAUUUUCUCAAUGUCCAAGUUGAUAAUAUUUUUGAAAAGUUGUUUACACUAAAACAAAUUGGCAAUUUAUUUUUUAAUUUUAUGUGAAUGAAAAAGUAUAAGAAAAAAAUGUAUUUGUAUGUGAAUGAACAAGAAAAUUAUUUUAUUCA